GUCGCGGGAAGGCGGGGUGGUAGCCUGAGUCACGUGACGGAGCCAAUAUGGCGGCGCUGUGUCGGUGGCGCGGUGGCGGCCGCUGAGGGUAGGCGCGUCUCUUCCGGGUGAUGGGGCUGUGAGCGCCGGCCCCGGCGAAGCGCUGCCCGCCCCACCAUGCAGCCCGCGGCCCGCGAGCAGGAUGCCCGCACCAAGAGCAUGUUCGUGUCGCGAGCCCUGGAGAAGAUCCUGGCGGAGAAGGAGGCGAAGCGGCCCCCUCACGGACAGCUGCGGAGAGCCUGCCAGGUGGCGCUGGAUGAAAUAAAAACUGAGCUGGAAAAGCAAAGAGAAGGCACUGCUGCUCCACCAAAAGCAAACUUCAUUGAAGCAGAUAAAUAUUUCCUUCCGUUUGAACUAGCCUGCCAGUCAAAGUCUCCGCGCAUUGUCAGCACUUCACUGGAUUGUUUACAGAAACUCAUUGCAUAUGGACAUAUCACUGGCAAUGCUCCAGAUAGUGGAGCUCCUGGAAAACGGCUGAUUGACCGAAUAGUUGAAACCAUUUGCAAUUGCUUUCAGGGUCCUCAAACAGAUGAAGGAGUACAGCUGCAGAUAAUUAAGGCUCUCCUCACUGCAGUAACAUCUCCGUACAUAGAAAUUCCAUGAAGGAACAAUUCUUCCAGACUGUUAGAACCUGCUACAACAUCUAUCUGGCCAGUAAAAAUCUUAUUAAUCAGACAACUGCC